GACAAAAGGUAACAAGCCUAAUUGAGAAAUGGCCCAUUAAAUUAUUUAUUUUUAUUUUUGGAAGGAUGAGUGUAUAAUAAUAAUAAUCAUUAUCAAAUCUCAAGAAAAGUCUGAAAUUAUGAUCCCAGAUCUAAUCUGGCAAAUGCAUUUGAUACCAACAUUCCACCUUCAUCUUCAUUAAACAUUUUUUUUCUAAAUUUCUUGCCAGUUUUGUAUUGUAUAUAUAAAGGUUGUUUUUUUUCCCCUAAUUUCUCACUCUCACUCUCUCUCUCUCUCAUAUCCACCAUCAACUGCUAAAGACUUGCAUCAUUGAAGAAUACAGAUAAAACACACACACACACACACACAGUGCUCUGCUUUUCUGCAGUAAGUCUUAUAAUGCAGUUUCUGUUUUGGCGUAACUGAAAUUUGAAGGCUCAUUGAUGUUUCUUUGAACUUGGGUUGUCUCUCUCUCAACUGAUUCUUGAAAUACCCUUUGGCAGAAGGGGAUCUGGGCUGUCAUCCAAACCCUCUUGUCUUCAUCUAGAAGGCAAAGAUUCAGUGAGAAUAGAUCCAAAACAUCAAUAAAUUCUCAUUUUCUAGCGAUUUUAUGUAUUUGCGGCUGGAAUAGGAACCCCAAUUCUUGAUUUACUGCUCAAAGAUUCGAUUUUUAAGCUUCUUUCUUGUUUUGGGGAGUGUUUAUAAUUGAUGGUUAAGAGCAAGAUGUUUGGUGGGAAUGGGGUGCUUUACCCCAUUGUUGGCUUUGCAUCAUGUGUGGCUUUCAUAUACUUGUCUUUUGGGGAUUUGUGGAUCAACAUUCAUGGGGAUGCAAAACUGAGCUUUGUGGAGAGGAAUGGGACCCAGUUCAUAGUUGAUGGCAGGCCUUUCUAUUUCAAUGGGUGGAAUUCUUACUGGAUGAUGGAUCAUGCUGCUGAUGAGUUUAGGAGAGGGAAGGUUAGGCAGAUGCUGCAGACUGGUGCAAAGAUGGGUCUCACUGUGUGCAGGACUUGGGCCUUCAAUGAUGGUGAAUACAAUGCCCUCCAAAUCACCCCCGGUCGAUUCGAUGAGAGGGUGUUCAGGGCCUUAGAUUAUGUUAUUGCAGAAUCAAGAAGAUACGGAAUAAGGCUAAUGUUGUGCUUGGUGAAUAACUUGCAAGCUUAUGGUGGAAAGACGCAGUAUGUCAAGUGGGCGUGGGAAGAAGGUGUCGGUUUGAGCUCUUCUAACGAUUCCUUCUUUUAUGACCCAUCUAUCCGGCGCUACUUCAAGCAUUAUGUUAAGACUGUUCUAACAAGGAGGAACACAUUGACCGGAAUCGAGUAUAGGGACGACCCGACUAUCUUUGGAUGGGAGUUAAUCAAUGAACCCCGCUGCAUAACCGAUAAAUCCGGUGAUACACUUCAGGAUUGGAUAGAAGAAAUGUCGACUUUCAUAAAAGAAAUUGACAGGAACCAUCUGCUUACCGUGGGUCUCGAAGGAUUUUACGGCCCCAAAAGCCCUAAACGAUUGACUGUCAAUCCCGAGAUCUGGGCAUCUGAUGUCGGAACUGAUUUCAUCCGCAAUUCGAAGAUCUCGACUGUCGAUUUUGCAUCGGUUCAUAUCUACCCUGAUCACUGGACGCACAACCCCGAUUUCGAGUACAAGCUGAAAUUCGUGUCGAGAUGGAUGAUCUCCCACAUUGAGGACGGCGACAAGGAGCUGAAGAAGCCGGUGAUGUUCACGGAGUUCGGGCUAUCCACGGAGAACGCGGACUUCACCCCGGCCCAGCGCGAGAGGUUCUACAAGGUCAUCCUCGACAUCAUGUACAAGUCCGCCGUGAGGAACAAGUCGGGGGCGGGGUCCCUCGUGUGGCAGUUCCUGGUGGAAGGGAUGGAGGAGUCCAACGACGACUUCGGGAUCAUCCCGUGGAAGAGGCAGUCGACGUACCGGCUCUUCACCGAGCAGUCGUGCAAGCUCGCGAGGGUCCAAGGUGCACUCUCGACACAAUUAUAUUACUUGAGAAAACUGUGCACACUAAGAUGAAACUUAGAGAGUUGAGUUUCAAUUCCUUUUUUAUCUGUUUUUUGCUUCUCUUUGUUUGUUUUUCAAUUGCUUUUAGGGUUGAAGAAAAACUUGAAAAAAAGAAGAAGAAGAAGAAGAUUGUCACACAUAUAUAGGUGUAUAAUUUCAUUAAUGAAAAACAUAAGGGCUGAUGAUUUUUGUUUGCUCUAUUAUAAGAAUUUGUUUUUGGUGAAAGAUCAAUGAUAUGUUUUUACUUGUUUUUUGGUGAAA